CCAAGCUCGUGCGCUCGAUGAUACUAGUUAGGCCGAGUUCGACGUAUCAUUUGCGCGUUGUGAGGCUUGAGUUUACGUGUUCGCCACCCACUACCCAGCGACCGUCGCACUAAUGAAAGAAGCCUACGUGCGCUGUUAGCCUUGGGAUAAUCGUGUAUGAUCGCGGGCGGAGAGGGGCGCGUAGCCCGGUGAUGACGGGACGUGAGGGAGAGGGGAGAUGAGAGACGUCGUUGCUGGAGGGACACGUAUUAUUAUGAGAAGAAAAAUGAGGCUCUGGCUAAUAUUGUUCGUCUCGAUAUUUGCAAUACAGAACUGUGUUGCACCACCGGUUACCAAGCAGAAGAAAGAGGAAGCUGAAAAUGAAGUGGAGGAGCUGCCCGACGAUGUGGAAUAUCGCAGGUACCUGGAAGAAGUUAUAUAUGCCCUGGAGAGUGAUCCAGAUUUUCGGGAGAAGCUAGAAAAGGCCAACGAAACUGAUAUUCGUAAUGGCAAACUCGCUGAUGAACUUGAAUACGUAAAUCAUAAAGUUAGAACGAAACUGGAUGAAUUGAAAAGAGCAGAGCUCGAAAGACUGAGGCAUUUGGCGGUUAGAGAAUACGAAUUGUCGAAUGGUUUUGAUCCAAAUCACUUGAAAAUGGGUGAGCACGUGGAUCACACAAAUCCUCAUACUUUUGAAAUAUACGACUUAAAGAAAUUAAUAGCUAAGACGACUCAGGACUUGGACGAGGCUGAUAAAAGAAGACGCGAAGAAUUUAAACAAUAUGAAAUGAAUAAAAAGUUUGAGCAAGAAGAAAAAAUGAAAAAAAUGAGCGAUGUAGAAAAAGAAAAAUAUGAAAAUGAACUACAUGAUUUAGAAAAGAAACAUAAGGAUCAUGAACCAUUGCAUCAUCCUGGUAGUAAAAAGCAGCUGGAAGAAGUUUGGUCAAAACAAGAUCAUAUGGAAAAUCAGGACUUUGAUCCAAGAACCUUCUUCUUUAUACAUGAUUUGGAUGGUAAUGGCGUUUGGGAUCAAAAUGAACUAAAAACUCUGUUCCUAAAGGAAUUGGAUAAACUGUAUGCAGAGGGACAUCCAGAAGAUGAUCUUGUCGAACGAGCAGAAGAAUUAGAAAGAAUGAGAGAGCACGUCAUUCGCGAGGCUGAUAUUAAUAAAGAUGGGCUUAUUAGCUACGAAGAAUUUUUGAACGAAUCAAAGAAAGCAGAGUUUGAAAAGGAUCCUGGAUGGGAGCCACUCGAUGAACAGCAGUUAUACUCUGAGCAAGAAUAUGAAGAAUAUAAACAGCAAAAGGCUAAGGAAAUGCAAAAGGUUAUUUCUCAAAGAAUGUUGCAAGAGAAUCAACCUGCUGGUCAACCGCCGGCUGGACAUCAGCAGUUCCCAUCUCAUCCCAAUCAAGUACACCCAGAGUAUGUACAACAGCCUCAAUAUCAGGUACCUAUGCAACAGCAACAGCAACAGCAACAACAGCAACACUACCCUCAGCAAGGUCAAUACAUGAAUCAAAUGCCACCGCAGCAUGGUCAAUAUAAUAAUCAGAUGCCUCUUCAACAAGUGCCUCCGCAACAUAUGCAAUACCCGAAUCAAAUGCCACCACAGCAUGCCGCGUACAAUCAGUUACCACCUCAGCAAGGACAAUUCAUUCAGCAACAGCAGCAACAACAACAGCAGCAGCAGCAGCAGCAGCAGCAACCACCACAGCAACAGCAGCAACAAUUUUAUCAACAGGGAGCACCAAUUAACAACAAUAUGAAUCAAGGACUUCCUCAACAAAAUUAUCCUGUUCCUAACCAGCAGCCACCACCUCAGUAUCAAUUCCAGCAAGCCCAGGUUAUGCAAGAUCCCAAUAAAAUUCAUCCUGAACAAUACAACGUGCCAGCUGGCCAGCAGCUAAAUCAGCAACAAAAUCAGCAACAAAAUCAGCAGCCAAAUCAGCAACAAAAUCAGCAGUCAAAUCAGCAACAAAAUCAGCAACGCAUUGAUAGUAAUAGCGUUAAUCAGGCUGCUCAACACGUGCAACAAAAUCAGCAGCUACCGGCUGGAUCUCCGCAUUUAAUUAAUCAACAGCAGCAGCAGCAGCAGCAGCAGCAGCAGCAGCAGCAGCAGCAGCAGCAAGCGUCGAGUGGACAGAACCAACCAAAUACUCAAAAUCAAAUUCCUCAACAAACGCACGAACAAGUAUCUUCCUUAAAGAAUGCUCAGGUCCAUUGAUAUGUACCCACAGUUGUUAAGACGUAAUUGCCCUAGGAUAAUAGCACCGAUUACACAAGACUUCCGGUUAAACUUUUACAUAAUGCCGCCAGACGCCAUUUCAUACUUAACAUUUAGUUGACGAAAACACGAAAACUUUUACAUUACAAUGGAAGAUAUAAUGGGGAUGGAAG